CGGAGUCUUAUGAAUAUAAUCAUAAAGAGAUCGAGAAGGAAAGCGAGAGAAAGCGAGAGAAAAUAAAGAAAAGGAAAUUUUCCCUGAAAAACAAUGGAGAAAAGGAAAACCAAAAGGGUUCAGAAAGAAGCACAUGACUUGGCCGGUUUGUGCGGGGUUUGUUGAGAGUUAUUUAAUUUUUGUUCCACCCUUUUCUCCGCCCGUGAUUCUUGCUCUCUUAAGGGUUUACAGUGCUAAUGCGUAGUGGUUUGUGAAAUUCAUGCUGGUGGUGUGGUCUUACCAUUGAGUGGCGAAAAUUGGGGUGCGUAAAAAUUGGUGUGGCGGAGAGGUUCGAUGAAGCGGCAAUGAGGUGUGCGGCGGGGAAAUGGAGGUUAGAUCGGAGAAUGUACAGGUGCGGUGCGAUAAGCUACCGGCUCCGGUGAUUCCGAGGACGCGAUUGCAGGUGUGGUUCAUACGCGUCUGCUCGAGCAUUGUGCUCUGGACGUGCUUGGUUCAGCUGGCGGCGGUCGGGGAGCUAUGGCAUCCGCAUUUGCUGGCCGGGAUUACCAAUCGGAUGACGCAGGUUGCUCAGCUUCGUGCCGAACAGGUGCAAUCGCCGCCACCUUUUCUUCCCGCAAGAAAGUAUAAAAGUAAUGGUUAUCUAAGAGUGUCCUGCAAUGGAGGCCUGAAUCAAAUGCGUGCAGCGAUAUGUGAUAUGGUGACUGUUGCUCGGCUUUUGAAUCUCACUUUGGUUGUUCCAGAGCUCGACAAGAUGUCUUUCUGGGCUGACCCUAGUAAUUUUGAGGACAUCUUUGAUGUGAGACAUUUCAUUAAUUCACUAAGAGAUGAAGUUCGAAUCAUAAAAAGGGUGCCAAAGAGGUUUAAUAGGAAACAUGGACUCAUUCCACUCAAGAUGCCUCCCGUUAGCUGGUCAAAUGAAAAAUACUACUUACAACAGAUUCUUCCACUUUUUGGCAAGUAUAAGGUGUUGCACUUCAACAAAACGGAUGCACGUUUGGCAAACAACGGGAUCCCACCUGAUCUUCAGAAACUCAGGUGUCGUGUUAAUUUCCAGGCACUGAAAUUUACUCCUCAGAUUGAGACUUUGGGAUACAAAUUGGUUCGUAUGCUUCAAGAAAAGGGACCUUUCGUGGCUCUGCAUCUUAGAUAUGAGAUGGACAUGUUGGCUUUCUCAGGUUGCACUCAUGGCUGCACCAAGGAAGAAGCUGAGGACCUCAAGCGGAUGAGAUAUGCUUACCCUUGGUGGAGAGAGAAAGAGAUAGUGUCGGAAGCGAGAAGAUCACAAGGUUUGUGUCCUCUGACACCAGAGGAGAUAGCGUUAGUUUUACAGGCAUUGGGUUUCGGUAAGGACACACAGAUUUAUAUUGCAGCUGGUGAGAUUUAUGGCAGUGAACGGAGGCUUGUGGCGCUAAGAGCUGCAUUUCCGCAGAUUGUGAAAAAAGAAAUGUUGCUAGCCCCAGAGGAGUUGCAACAAUUCCAGAAUCAUUCAUCACAAAUGGCAGCUUUAGAUUUUAUGGUUUCGGUAGCAAGUAGCACUUUUAUUCCCACCUAUGAUGGAAACAUGGCAAAAGUUGUGGAAGGUCACCGCAGGUAUCUCGGGUUUAAAAAGACCAUCCUAUUGGAUCGGAAAAGGCUUGUAGACUUGCUGGACAUGCAUCAGAAUAGAACACUUUCAUGGACUGAGUUUGUAGUUGCUGUGCGGUUGGCUCAUGAGAAAAGAAUGGGACAGCCAAUGCGUCGAAAGGUUAUUAUCGACAAGCCGAAGGAGGAAGAUUACUUCUAUGCAAAUCCGCAGGAGUGCCUUUGCAAGGGUACAAAUUGUGAUGACUUGCUAGGCCCUGGCAACUCAAGUAGAAUAAGGUGACUGCAAUCGUUCAACAUAGAGAGAUAGAUCAGAUUAUCUUGGACAUUGAUUAAACCACGGUAUUUUUCAGAGAGAAUAUGGUGAGCGUUACAUUCAUAAGAGAAGGCAUUUUAAAAUGCCCAUGCAUACCCCACGGGCCCCACCCCACUGAUAAGGAGAGUUUUGC